CGGCUCGCGCGAACUAGGCUGGUUGCCUAGCGCGCCGCACUAGAAAGCAGUAUCCAUGGCGCGCUGUUCUAAACCCUAAAGUAACCCCUGGCCCUGCUUUACUAAACCUCAUCGAGAAUCGCACGCGUCGGCGACCAUGGCGGCGUCUCCGUCUUCUCCCCCUGCCGCCGCUGGAGUUGGUGGCCAGAGCGUGAUCCCCUUACCCUUAGCGCCGUCUCCCCAUCUCACCAACUUCUUCGUGUGGAGGGAAUUUGUCUGGGGAGGAAUUGCAGGCGCAUUUGGGGAAGGCAUGAUGCAUCCAGUUGACACUCUGAAAACAAGGCUUCAGAGUCAGGCUAUAAUGACAGGGGCUAAGGCUCAGAAGAAUAUAUUCCAGAUGGUCAGGACAGUUUGGGCUUCAGAUGGUCUCAGAGGUUUUUACAGAGGAAUCAGCCCAGGUGUUACUGGAUCUCUUGCGACUGGCGCUACAUAUUUCGGUGUUAUUGAAUCGACUAAGACAUGGUUGGAGAUUGCUAAUCCUAAUCUAAGUGGACACUGGUCACAUUUUAUUGCUGGAGCGAUUGGUGAUACACUUGGAUCCUUUGUCUAUGUGCCUUGCGAAGUCAUGAAACAAAGAAUGCAAGUCCAAGGCACCCAAAAAUCUUGGGCAUCAGCUGCAGCUAAAGGAAGUAUUUCUCAAACUCAUGGGACUCAGAUGUAUGGGUACUACAAUGGAAUCUUCCAUGCUGGUUGUUCUAUCUGGAGAGAUCAUGGCUUGAAGGGGCUUUAUGCAGGAUACUGGUCUACGCUUGCCAGAGAUGUCCCUUUUGCUGGUCUAAUGGUCACUUUCUAUGAAGCAAUGAAAGAGAUGGCUGAUUAUGGGAAAACAAAGUAUUUGCCGCACAGUGAUUUGGAUGUCAGCAACUCCUUUGAAGGACUUGUUCUAGGAGGAUUGGCAGGCGGCUGUAGUGCAUACUUGACAACCCCCUUGGAUGUGAUCAAGACAAGACUGCAAGUACAAGGACCAACGUCUAGGUACAAUGGGUGGCUGGAUGCUAUAACAAAGACGUGGGCUUCCGAAGGGGUGCACGGCUUGUUCAAGGGAAGUGUUCCAAGAAUAAUAUGGUAUAUUCCGGCAUCAGCAUUCACAUUCAUGGCAGUGGAAUUCCUAAGGGACCAUUUCAACGGCAAGGUUGAUGCAGAUGCCCAUGAACUAACCUCCCUGUCAAUCGACACAAGAUCAGAAGUUGAGAAAUCAGCUUAAUGUUCCUUUUCCUAUGAGCGACCUGAUAUUCCUGCCUGGUGGAAUUUAUCCGGCGGGAUCUUUUUGUCUUUGGCAGCAAAGUAGGUUUCAGUCAUGUAAAUGCGGAGGACGUUCAUUGUGAGCUAGGCGAAAACGUUUUUGUGUACCACAGAGAGGAAGGAACUGAUAACAUCAUGAUUUAUAUUAGGGCACAGUUUUUUUUUUUUUUUUUUGAGUUAGAAACUGGUGGGUGGAUGGAAUGAGAGAAGUGAACAUGUAAUUUCUGCAAAGACCAAUGCAGCAGGAGUACUGGGCCUUCUGAAUCUCUGUUGCAUAUGUUAUUGCCAUUCUUGCGUAUUGAAA